AAAUUCUCAACGUUUAAAAUAAAAAUCCAAAAACCCUCAUCCCUCCGUCACGAGCCCUUUGAAGUCCACUCCUCUUCAAUCUCUUUCGAAAAAAAACCCUAAAAAUGAAACCCUAAGAAGUCUCCCUCGAUCUCUCAAUCAAUGGCAACGUCCGCUUUCAAAUCGACGUCGAGGCGGUCCUCCCUCGCCCCCGGCGACGCCGGAUCUAGCCACCGGAGCUCAUCGGCGGACUCUCAGAAAGCCUCAGCCCGAUACUCCGGCCGCUUCCCGCCAGCCGCCGCCGCGGAAUCCGAUGAGUUCACUACGCCGAGGGGGAGGUUCGUGAAUAAGACGAGAGGCACGGGGUUUCCUGAGAUCAGUCUUGAUGAUUUGGCUGAUGAGUUCUUUGGAUCGACGACCAAGGGUUUUGAGGCUGAGGAUGAUGGGGUUGGGUCUGGUUCGGUUCGGGCUGGGCGAUCGAGUAGGAGGACCGAUAAUGAGAGGUUUAGGAUGGAGACGGAGUCGUCCAGGGUGAGGGGGCGGUCGGUGUCGAAGAAGGGGAAUGCUGGUGAUGAUUUUGAUAGAUCGAGGCAGCAGAGGCGAUCGGUUUCAGUUGUGAGACAACAGCGUGAUAGUUUGAAGGAUGAGAAAGGUUUAUUUAAUGGUGAAUUGUCUCGCCAUGAUCGGGUUGCUGGAGAGAGGAAGGGACUUCAUGGAAAUGACCGUAACUCAAGGCUGCGACGUUCAGUUUCCGUUGUUCGGUAUCCAUGUAUUGAUUUGGAGAGUGACACUGAUAAAUCUUAUGGUUCUAGCAAAUUGAGGAGUAUUGACAACAGAAAUUUCCAGCUAUCGUCUUCAAGGAAACAAACAGAUACUUUUCACGUACUGAGAAGGUCAAUGAGUCAAAAGGAUUUUGUACAGUCACAUGAUAACUACUCGAGCCACUCUUCAUCUCUGACCGACGAUGAAGUACGGGAUGUUCAUUCUAAUAAAAGUGGGUCUGAGAAGACAAUACAAGCACUUUACAGCAAGGAAAAGGCAGAACAACCUACUGGAGAUAGAGAUGAAGGUGGACUAUAUGAAGUCAUGCGAAAUGAAGUAAGGCAUGCUGUCCAUGAGAUCAGGACAGAGCUUGAAAAGGUCAUGGUGAAAACAGAACCCACUACCUUAGCGAAUAGUGAUGUCAAUCAGCCAACGGGUGAAAAUUCGGUCCAAAUUAUUGCUGAGAUUAGAAAAAACUACACCAAUAAACUGGAACAGUCAGAGAAGCGAAAGCAGGACUUACUAGCUGAGUUAGCGGCUGAAGAGCAACGUGGUCAGGAGCUUACUCAUAUUGUCAGAGAACUGCUUCCUGCACAGAAACAAGCAAUUGCUGCAGGAAGGCCAUCGCGAUAUCAUAGGAGGAGCAACGAUAAGAAAAGGAUGUCAAACCGAUUGAUUGAAGAGGCAGAAAAAUAUUUUGAGGAUUUCCUGUCAAAUGUUGAGGACACAGAUUUAUCGUCUUUUGAUGGAGAAAGAAGUGAUACAAGUUCAACCAUGGGAGGUGGUCCAAAGCUGAGAGAACUUGCUGUCCACAAUGUCAUAUCAGAGACUAACGCAAUUCUGCAAAAUGCAACUUCAUCGCCUGCCGAGACGGAUGGUGUUCUACUUCCUUGGUUGGAUUGGGAGACCAGCAAUGACUUGUCUCCUUUGCCAUGUAAAAGCAAGGAAGCAAAAGCCGUAUGUGAUAAUACUACAAGUAUAAGUAGUCUUGGGAGUUGGAGCCCUGAAGGCAAUGAAAACUCACCUGCAGUUUCCAAUGAGGUGACUGGGAAGUUAUUUGGACUGAGAAGCCAUCAAAUGAGAAGUAGCGGUUUCUCUACUGCUGACGGGCCAAAGAGAUCGUCAUUCAACAUGGAUGACUACCUUGAUCUCCAGCGCAGUGAUGAUCUCCUUUAUGAGAUAGUGAAGCAGAGGCACAGAAUAGAGUCAGGUGGCCUAGUCCUAUGCGGAAGAGUACCUUUAUUUAGUUGACCAUUGUUUAAAUUUAUGUAACUGUUCUUUCUUAUUGAGUCUUUGUGUAUCUAUUUCAGGCUGCAAGCAGCGCAUCUCUUUCUUCUGUAAAUGGUUUUACUGUCUGUUUGAAAAUUUUAAGUAAAGUUAAUUUUA